AUGGCCUGGAUUCCCCCGAACGCGCCGCCGAACCUGCUGGCCCGUGUUUCCGCUGAGCAGUGGAACGCAUGGGCUGACGGAGCUCCCUUGGACAUUGCCUCGCAGCGGCAAUCCCAACAGCAGACCACGUAUGCAUUCCGCCUCAACGCCAACUUCACUAGUACGUCCGAAUCGAUCCAAUACAAGAAGGGAAUGCAAGGCCAAUUCCUAGGUCUGACGGAAAAGGGAAUGGCCAAGAUUUUCAUACGCGGCGUCACUGAGGGAGACGGCUUCAAGAACCGCCAUGUUCCCCUCAAAUACAUUGAUAAGGGCCCUCUGUGGCAAGCUGAUGUCAGCAACUGGCUUUUAGAUGUCAAACUGCCAGGUCAUGCAGUAUUCGACAAGCGACACUGGACUACUUCAUUAAUGACUGACACGACUGUACUCGGCAAAACUGUCACUCUCCUCAUAUCAGCUUUUCUUCACUCGCCCCCGCCCGGAGAUGCCGAAAAGAUUACAGACUAUAUCCGCAGAUCCAGCUUCUCGGAUCUCAGCAUGCUUAUAAUCAAGGGUAUCAAAGAUGCUGGUCUCUACAACGUUCUAUCAGACGCGGACAAAGAAUUCACAUUCGUGGAUCUGAUUACAACCGCUCGGAUUAGGGUUCGAGAUCGGCAUUCUUCGGAUCGGGCUGGGGUCUAUGCGAGGUUUCACAAGUCUUCCGAAAGUGUCGAACACUGGAAGCCAAACUCACGCUAUGCUUACGUUGGCAAGUCAAACGAUCUUGGCUCGCACUUUGAGUCACAUCUCCAUUCAUCUUCAAAGUACGGUGAUCUGACCCGCAAUUCUGAGUCGCUAGACAUGAUCGCACUCUGUGUCCUUUCCGCGACAGCCGACCCUGGACUGUUCUAUCUUACCGAGCAGCUAUUUGUCUGUCUUUUGCAGACCUACAAGCCAGAAUUGACAAGCCCGACUAUUACGGAUUCAAGUUUGCUAGUAUUUAGCAAACUUGCGAACUACUACACGAAUAUCUCGGAUGAAGUAUUCCGCAUGACUGGAUGGCAUGGUUUCAUCGGCCGUGGACUCGCUUCGAGUGGCAUUGAGUACGGGGCGAACUGCAGCUCGCCAUUACACGAAUACGGAGUGCUUGAACAUAAACACCUCCUCAUUCGGACCGACGACAACAUCAGAGACAACAAGACUGGUUCGUUCAUACCUAUGGCCAUAUAUCGAUGUGCCGAACAGGUCUCAAUCCCAGCCGACUCGAAACGAGUCAACGUGUUCAGGUACUGUGCCUACAAGAAUGGUGAGCGUGAAGAGGUUAUCAGUUUCCGCGCUAGGUAUGGCAAGAAGGGGGAUGUUCACCUCCCUCCUCCUGGGUCUCAUUUCAACUUCGUUAUCGAGGUCCGAAAGGAUGGAACGACACACCCACAUGCCUGGGCACGACUUGCAGCCAUUGGUCCAUUCAAGAACUGGGACCAGGCAAACUCAUUCGCAGUCCGUAUCGAAUGGGAGUUUCCAGUAUCCUCUGGGAAGUGGCAAUUUGCGUAUGUUCAAUCCAACAUCAACAAGGAGCGAAUCGACCCCCAAGUACCAGGAUCACUCAAAAACUAUGCUAAAGCCAUAGCAUUCCUCCAGUGGUUAACCAAUGCUCGACCAAACCACGAUCAUGCUUGGAUUCCCAAGACUUCAGGAGCAGCACUUGUCCUACAGACCGAGUACGACUUCAUGAGCCAGACCAUUCGGUUUCAGGACGCCAAGAAUGAUAUUGUCAUGCUGCCUGGCGGUAGAAGAUCCAAUGACGAUAUCAUCGCUCAAAUGUCUCGACCAGAAUAUGGGCUCACUCGAGUAGCCGGUAAAAAUCGUGGCUCCUCUUGUGAUACCUGUAGGCUUCUCUCGUUCUCGACCAAGGCCAAAACCUUUCCAGACAGGGAAUGCGUCCCUGUAAAGCUCUUUGCCGACCUGUGUACGAACUGUGCAGUGCUUGGUCUCCCAUGCUGUACAUUCACCGAUGGCGUCUACGACAAGCAUGUACCACACACGCCCGACACUAGACUUGCAACAGACAAGGCGGCAGCGGCUUUAGUGGGCAUGCCUCUGGCCGAUAUCCCCCAGGAGUCGCAAUCCUUUGCUCAGCAGUUGAGGACCAUCGGGACUGGCAAUCAAAACGAUGAUGACGACAGCGACUGCGGAGACGACGACCUUGGCGGGAGCGACGACUCUGGCGAGAGUGACGACGACUUUUGA